GCAGGGAGGGAAGGAGGGAGACAGGGAGGGAGCGGCGCUCGCGCGCCUCGGGCCCGAGAGGAGACAGCGCGGUGCCGCGCCGGGCCGGCAGCAGGAAUCAUGACGACCUCAGGAAAAGAGAAUUUCCGGCUGAAGAGCUACAAGAACAAAUCUCUAAACCCUGAUGAGAUGCGUCGCAGGCGGGAGGAAGAAGGUCUUCAGCUACGGAAACAAAAGAGAGAGGAGCAGUUGUUUAAACGCCGAAAUGUUGCAACGGCUGAGGAAGAGGCGGAGGAGGAAGUGAUGUCAGAUGGGGGCUUUCAUGAGGCUCAGAUGAACAACAUGGAGAUGACUUCUAGUGCGGUCAUCACUGCUGAUAUGAUUGAGAUGAUUUUCUCCAAUAGUCCAGAACAGCAGCUCUCAGCCACCCAGAAGUUCCGAAAGCUGCUUUCUAAAGAACCAAAUCCUCCAAUAGAUGAAGUCAUAAGCACACAAGGAGUAGUGGCCCGGUUUGUGGAGUUCCUGAAACGGAAAGAAAACUGUACAUUACAGUUUGAAGCUGCAUGGGUGCUGACAAAUAUUGCCUCGGGAAAUUCCCUUCAGACUCGAAUAGUGAUCCAAGCAGGGGCUGUCCCCAUCUUCAUAGAGCUGCUUAGUUCAGAGUUUGAAGAUGUGCAGGAACAGGCAGUAUGGGCUCUUGGCAACAUUGCUGGAGACAGCACUAUGUGCAGAGACUAUGUUUUGGACUGUAAUAUCUUGCCCCCUUUGUUGCAAUUGCUUUCAAAACAGAAUCGUCUCACUAUGACCCGAAAUGCUGUAUGGGCUCUGUCCAACCUCUGCAGAGGGAAAAAUCCUCCUCCUGAUUUUGCCAAGGUUUCACCUUGUCUUAGUGUGCUUUCCUGGCUGCUGUUUGUCAAUGAUACAGAUGUAUUAGCUGAUGCCUGCUGGGCUUUGUCCUAUUUGUCUGAUGGCCCCAAUGAUAAAAUCCAGGCUGUGAUUGAUGCAGGAGUCUGCAGAAGACUUGUGGAACUGCUGAUGCACAAUGACUACAAAGUUGUAUCUCCUGCCUUACGAGCUGUGGGAAACAUCGUUACAGGAGAUGAUAUCCAGACCCAGGUAAUUCUGAAUUGUUCAGCUCUGCAGAGUUUGCUGCACUUGCUCAGCAGCCCAAAAGAAUCUAUCAAAAAGGAAGCAUGCUGGACAAUAUCUAAUAUAACAGCUGGAAACAAAGCCCAGAUCCAGACAGUCAUAGACGCCCAUAUCUUCCCAGCUCUUAUAAAUAUUUUGCAAACGGCUGAGUUUCGGACAAGGAAGGAAGCUGCUUGGGCAAUCACAAAUGCGACAUCGGGAGGCUCUGCUGAACAGAUCAAGUAUUUAGUAGAACUGGGAUGCAUCAAACCACUCUGUGACCUCCUUACAGUAAUGGAUUCCAAGAUUGUGCAAGUAGCACUGAAUGGGCUGGAGAACAUCCUGAGGCUUGGAGAGCAAGAAUCCAAACGCAGCGGCACUGGCAUUAAUCCUUACUGUGCUCUUAUUGAAGAAGCAUAUGGCCUAGACAAGAUUGAAUUCCUGCAGAGCCAUGAGAAUCAAGAGAUUUAUCAGAAGGCCUUUGAUCUGAUUGAGCACUACUUUGGAACAGAGGAUGAAGACAGCAGCAUUGCCCCACAAGUGGAUCUCAACCAGCAACAAUACAUCUUCCAGCAGUGUGAGGCUCCCAUGGAAGGCUUCCAGCUUUGAGGUGCCCCUGUGCUGUGUGCUCCUCUACCUAGCCAAUCCUGUUGUCGAGCCACAAGCCACCCGUGGAGUGAUUCUCUCAAUGUUUUCCAUAACCCUGUUUGCGCUCAUUCGCUUGCCUUGUGCACAUGCUCUUACAUACGUCUGGAAAACUUUUGGCUCUCCGUGGCAGGAUGCCCCCUCCUUGGCAAGGGGUCGCCAGAAUCACCCUUCUCCUCUAGAUUCUGAAUCUCUCCACUGUCAUCUUCGUGGAGUUGAGGCACCUUUCUAUACUUUGAGAUAUUCCCUGUUCCUAUUACAGGAAAGUAAUCCCUCCUCCACUUGGCCCCCUACUCCUGGCAUCCAAGAGAAGGCUGCCUUUCUCUUGUAUUUGCUGCAGAGUGUGCCUGCAGUCCAGGGAGACAUUCAGCCUUUCUGAGAACGUAGCUGAAUUCAUCCCUCACGUUCUUCCCUGGAUGCCUCUUUGGACAGCUGUGAGAGAUGCGUUAAACCUUCACACGCAAUGCAUCUACCUUGCUGUAUGUGCCAGCUGGGGUUAUUGGCAUGAGAAACAUGUUACAAACAAUGGAGUAAGUUCUCUUUCCCCUGCAACAACAGGCUGCAAUGGACAUGUUCUUUGGUUCUUAGGAAUACUGAACACAUCUGGCCCCGUCUCAACACUGAGCUCCCAGGUUGGAUUGCAGACCACUGGAGUGGAGAUUUGUAUACCUUCCCAGUUUUUCCUCUCCAUCCACUAAAAAAGAACCUGUGAAUAGGUCACUUGUAACACCUCCCCAGAAAUGACUUUCCAAAAGAGCUUCUAGAAUGGAGAAACUGCCCCCACUUCUGCUUGCCAGCACAGUAUGAUCCAGCUGGGCCUUCCUUAAAGAUCAAGCCCUUUCUGGCUCCAUGCUCUAGUCUGGUCCCCAGUAUUCUAGUUAUGUCUGAAAAGUUCCUGUCUGCCUCUUUACAUUUUUACACAGCGUGACUUGAACAGAUUUGUCUUCUGAAAAGUUAACUUCUGAAUACAGAAAUCUUCAUUUGUAAAACUUGGCACACGGAGUGUUAGAUCUCCUUUUCAUUUUCACGAGACAAGAGCUUCCUCUCCAACUCACCUGAUGGAAUAUAGUCCUUCUGGUCAAGGCCCUUAUUUAACUGAAAUGACACUACAUUUGCAGGACAGUACUAUUACAUCUGUAUCCACCUGGCCUUCUCAUUUCACUUUCCCCUUUCACUGUUGAUGAGAUUUCAGGUGAAUUAGCAUGGAACACAUGGUUCCUCCAGGUGACAUCUGUAAGGCAUCGUUGACUGCAUAGCAGCUGCCGCGUGCAGCUGGAGACUGCCCUUCUGCUAGCAGCAUGUUCUUGGCUCUGCAACCUGCUUGGAUCACAGACCUCUGAUGCAAAGGCCAGCCACUCCUCACUGAGUUCAGCUGACACUGACACCAAACUUAACAUCUGGGGAGAUGCCGCCUGAUUGAAAGUGGCAGUUCCAUUUCAGAGAAUGCAAUGGAUUCCCUAGGCCGUCCACUGCCCCCUGCAUCGGGCUAUGUUCUUUCAAGCCAUUUUGGAUGCUUGGAACACACAUUUGUCCAGUGUAAACAUUUCAGAAUCGCCACUGGCAACUGCAGCGUCAUGUACCUGUGGUAAAUGUUUGUGGCAGAACUGUCUUCAAGAUCCUCAUGACUCCUCUCAGUGAUAAGCCACUGCAAAAGCAAAACCAGCCCAUUGGAUACAGAGUUAUAAAAACAUAUAAGUCAUUUGUCAUACUGCUGAAAGAAGCUAGGCAAAGGCCUGAACAUCAGCUCUGUGUGACCAUUAUUUAAAUAAAGUCUUCUGUCUUUGCUUCAGGAUGGAGACUCUGACCUGUGUGGCCACUGCAGAAGCCACCUGCUGCCUCCCUAGCUAAGCCAGUUGGCCUCUACUUUCCUUCUCCCAGUUAUUUUCUCUAGUGCUGCUUUGUGCUGAAGGAACAUUUAGUUUACUGCACUUGAUCUGUAAAUGGACUUCAAUUCUUUGUAAUUUUAGGGGGUUAAAUUUGGUGGUUAAUUUAAAAAAGAAAAAAAAAACCCUCAAUGUUGCCUUUACAUCACAUAUAAAUAACUGUGUUUCUCUUUUCUUGAAGGGUGAUAGAAGCACUGAUUAGUAGCAAAAUCUUGUUUUAGCUUUUGGAUUUUUUUGUGCUGGAUUUUUUUACGUGUAAAUUUCCAAUAACAUGUCAUUUCUAUAAGAUUUGUUUAAAACCAUGUACCUCUUAUUGGAUGGUAUAAAAAUGCUACAUAUUUUGUAAACAAAUCUGAGCAAAGUGUGUGUGCAUAUAUUCUGUAUAUUCAUAUAUGUAUAUUCUGUGUAUAUAUACACUGGCGUGUAUAUAUACAUAUAUACACACACACACAUAUAUAUACACACGCAUAAAGUGUGUGUGUAUAUAUAUACAUACCUAUAUAUCUAUAUAUAUAUAAGUGUUUUCUCUUCCAGGCUAGUGAAAACAAUGUGGUGCAUUGGCGUUUCCCUCCCCUGCCCCCCAAGAAAGUAAUGACAGUUGCCUCUAAAUGAGUGAAUUAAAAAAGAGUCCAUUUAAGCUGACUGGUGUGCCUUCCUGUGUAAGGAGCCUGGCCAGUAUUUGUUACUUUUGCCGUGGAUAUGUGAAUUCAGAGCAGAUAAGUAUAAAUCUUUAAACUUGGUAUGUUUGUUUGAAGUGACAGGCCUGGUUGAUGCAGGUAAUACUGUUAUCCUAAAUACUUAGACUGUGUAAGGCAUUUGACUGCAUAAUAUUUUGAGCAAAAACCACACCAAUACAAGAAUCAACAUGGCACACAUUAAAUGGAUUAAAAUGUGGCUAAUUCAUAGGUCUCAAUGUAAUUUUAAAUGGUGCUUAAUUGAGUGUAUUUCCAUCAGGAUCUUCCAGCAACCAGUUCUUGGCAUUGCUUUACUUAGCCUUAUUAAUAGGUUGAAAAGAAACAAAAUCUACUUCUAACAAAGGCUGCAAAUUAAAUGGGUACAGAAGGGAGAUCAGACUUGUGAGUUAUAAAAGGAAAAGCUCACUGAUACAGACUGACCAGAAUUACUUGGUAAGCCAAGGGCAAGUAAACUACUUGCAUUCUAACAGAGCCAAACAUGUAGUGUAACUUUACCCAUCUAGUAAGUAACAUUCAUGCCACAGAUGAAGGACUCUGUUUUGGAGGAAAAGUGCCAGUGAAAGUAUGAGGAUCAUUAUAUCAUAUUGCUUGAACACUGCUUCCUAACACAGUUCUGUGUGGCUGUCCCCCCUGCUAGAAGCACUGAAACCAGUAUUCUCUGCUCUCCUGAAGGAUGUGCUCAGAUAGGGACCAUCUCAGAGAACACCUCUAGCUGCCACUUUUCUGAAGGUCACACUGUGUUUUGAUUGAUCUGUUGUUGGUUUUUGUCUAAAUAAGAGGCAGCAUGGUCUCAUGUAGAGGGUAAGUGGGGGAGCUGUUGGAGUUCUUGUGUUCUUCUCUUAGCUCUGUCAGGCAGCAUGUAAUGGUAGAAAAGUGUCUCAUGUUUUCUUCAAAAUUAAAAUACUCGCAUUGGUUUCUGUCUGCUUGUGGAGAUCCGAUCUAAGUGUCUUCCAAAAGCAACACAGGCUGGUAAUGAGAAUUUAUUGAGUUUUUUUUUGAAACAUCAGGAAUGAGGUGGAAGAACUGCACUGAGAUUUUAACAAUGUCUGUUUUAAACUGAGUGUUAGAGAAAGGAAGAUGCAGGACUGCCUGGAAUUGCUAUCUAGCAGUACAGCACACAGAUCUGUAAUGCCAUUAAAGUUAUUGUUUUGUUUGGGCAGCAAACAGGAACCAUCAUUCUUUCUGUUGGUAAAGUUCUCAGUGGAAAAUGGUAGGCAAGGUCAAUGUCUUGGAUUCAGGAGGGUACAAAGGAUGAUGGAGCAGGUUACUGAAAGCUCAGUAACUAAGUCAGGGCCAGCACUUCCUGGGAAGGAUAUCACACUAUCAUUUGAGGGAACUGCUGCCUAGAGACUUCAGCCUGUUCCUAAAUUCCUGUUUGCUCCUUGAUGCCAACCAAAUACAGGUGGUUUAAGACCCUUUGCCUAAUGUUAGAAGAAGGGAGGAAGGCAAUGACCCUGGACCUACAUGUUCUUGGACCUGCUUUUUUUUUUACUGUCAGCACCCAAGACUAUUGAAGAACUAGUUUGCACCACAUGGUCCUACAUGUGACAGUGCUCCUGGCAAUACACUUCUCUGCUUCUUUGGGGACUUCCACAACAGCUGUCUUAGCUCUCUACACUUUGAUCUCUAUGCCAGCUUACAGUAAAUCCCCAUCUCUUCCAGUGUGAUUUUUUUUUUUUUUUUUUUUUUUUUUUUUGCUUCUGAAAAUUGCCACAACACACCACUGGUACUCUUGAAGGUGUUAGACUUGAAGGUGUUUCUUCAGGUGCCUGAGUCUUAGAAAAGUAAGUGAGACUUCUUUGUGUGCUGCUAUGGCCGUGUCCUGCUGUGGCUCUUGCACGUUCCACUGAUGCAGUGUUGGAGUUGUCAGGUGAUUGCUGCAUUGGGAAACUUCAGUUGCCUCUGGACCAGGUACAGUAAUAAGGCACAUAGUAUAGGAUUGAUAAACUGGACUGUUCUGGAUAAAUGGGAAUGGUGUUUCAGACCAAGCCAAAGGGAAGAAAGAAAAUGAGGUACCAUUUCAGGCUUAGUAUGUUCCUUCCAUUGUGCACUGUUGAAAGGCUUUGGGCUGAAGCUGUGAGCUCUCAGUGAUCUGAGGGGUGUUAAGUUCUCCAGUCAGCUGGACUGGCUGCUUCAGCCAGAAACAUGUGCUGGUUUUGUAACCACUGUCUGCGUUUAGAAGUGCUUCUUGGAAACCAUCGCACCGGGAAAGAGGUGGUUCCUUUCACUGCCUUACUGAGAAAGAUCUACAUCAUUUUAUAGUACCCAGCUACUUGCAGAGAAAACAGUACAGUGGCUGGGAGCGAGCUGGAGACCACACAAAGCCCAUUGUCUUGGGCUUUGGUUUGAGACUUGAGCCUAUGGAGAAGCUGAAAGAAAACACAAAGUUGGGCAGUGAUGUGGAGUCUUUAUGCCAGAUUCUGAAAUGGAGAUACCAGGGUGGCAGAAGGAUAUGUGGAGCUUUUGUCAAACCACUGGACCAGACUUCAGUUUUUGAAUAAAUUGCAUAAAGCUUAUAGAAAUUUAAGUAAAAUGAAAAACUGGUUACUGUUGCUGCUCUGAAGUAUUGCUUUUGAAGUGGUGUUUUGCAUAUUUCCAUUUGAAAUACUAUACUAGCUAGGUGAGUCCAAACAGUUUUAUUGCCAAAACUAGGAGAGGAACCUGCCAGUUCUGUUCACAGAGUGCACUCAGAGGUGUGUUGAAAGGGUGGUAUUUUUGAGAUGCACAGUUUUAAGCUUUGCCAUUCCCGAGGAUAAAUCACAAGCUUUUUCUUCACAGAAACCUGAAAUGCACGUUCUCUUUUUUUGGUGUCAUUUAGUACAUACAUUACCACAGGCAUGUAAUUGGGCAAGGUUUUGUUUGGUUCCCACCUGUGUGCCUACUGGUGUGGCCAAGAACCAGAAUUUUUAUGGAAAAUCUGUUCACAUACCUGCAGUGAAAUUAAACAUGGUUUGCAUUCAGUGCUAAUUAAGUGGACAAAUCUGUGCAAUCCUGCUCUGCUUGAUUGACAGUGUACUUAUGAUAGCUUCCAUCCAGAGAAUCUGAUGACAGGUCAUUGUUAUCACCUGAAGGUUGUGACUUCUGUGGUGGAAUUGACUACACAGCUUGUCUGAUGGGUUACAUCUCACUGUGGUACUCAGAAAUGCAAUUCAUUGAUGGAACUGCAGCAGCUAGUGAAGAUUUGCCCUGCAUUUUUGUAGGGCUUUUGAUUAUUCAGCAAUACUGCUAAUUUUUAGGGGUACAACAAAAAUCAUCUCCCUCUAUCUCUGAGAAAGUUCACAAACUAAUUUUGUUAAGCUGAUAUGUCUCUUGUGGUUUUGGAGUCCCCAGGGCCAGUCAGGAGGGCAGUGCUGGGCAGCAACAUUUUGAGCAGUCCUGACACUUCCAAUCUGCGUUUCCUUACAGACUAAGUGAAAGGAGAAAGGAAAAUAUUUCCCCUGGUUGUUGUGGGCUCUUUAACGUGAAUAGUGUGUGACUGGGCUCAAUGCCAGUAAUAGUACUCUUGAGGCAGGUGAUCUCUAGGUGGGUCUAGUAAUUUAAAAGAGCAAAAUACACAUAAAUCUAAAUGAGAUUCAUAAAGAAAGAGCUUAGUACCAGAGAGCAGGGAUGCCUUAUUGACUUUCUCAUACUCGUGUGUCUCUGGUAAAUCUGACAGUACAGGUUGAAGCAGUUGCUCAGUAUUCCUGAAAAUAGUAAUCUCUGUUCCCUCAGCUGGGAUGUUCUCUCUCUCAUCUCACUGCCAGCUCUGCUGGGACCACUCUUAGAUGUCAGCUGCAACACAUGGUUCUCUGGAAUGCUAUUUCACUCUUCAUCUCCUUCCUCAUUUUCUUGAAGGCAGGCAGUUCUUCACAGGAAGCUAUCCCUCCCUUAAACAAAUGCAGACAGAAUAACAAGACCUAGACCAGGGAAUUAGGCUAAUACCUUAGGAUAAUUUUGCUGAUGUUAAUGCAGGUUAGACAGUAACUUUAGGCUCAAGGGCUGCCUUAAUAAUUUUCUGUCUUGCAUAAGAACAUGUGGAUUACUUGAAGUAGCCAGUACCAAUACAGAAUAAAUACAGUUCCAUUUUUGCUGACCUGAAAUAGUCAGUGAUAGUGGAUGGCUGGCUAGUGAAGGUUUUUGUUUUUUCUACAAGCAUGGAAUGUACAAGUGGAAACCAAAUGGACCCUUCUUUUGUGUUACAGUUACCUUCCUGUAAGUGGUAAGUAAGAACAUGAGACUUCAUGCAGGGGAUUGGUACCAAGAAUUCAGGUGUAGGUCCUGCAGUACUUUAAAAGAUGCUCUGGUGCACAGCACAUGUGAAACAAUUACAUUUCUCCUCCACUGUGCUCAUGUGUCCUGUCCCACUAACCAUGAAAAAAAGAGUUUGGAAGAAAGGGGCAGUUAUAAGGAAAAGAAAAUAGGUAUUUCUGCUUUUAUUAAUUACAGGAUAGCAUAUUCAUUCUUUCUUGAACCUUAGUGUACAGAACUUAACAAACAGGAAAGAUAGGAUGAUAUCUUCCUGUCAGUGUUUUUGUACCCCAGUCCUUGAUCUCUUCUUUUCCUCCUCUAUGGUUUAGCAGAUGCACCUUCCGCUUUCCACUGGGCUUUCUUCUCUAAGUUUAUGUUCGUAAGAGAUUCAUGUCUUUUCAUACCCUACAAUGUAAUAAGAUCAUCAGUUAUCACCUGAAGGACCAUGAAGUUGAAACUUAAGUCAAUAACUUACAAAAUACCUGACCUGUCCUUACCAAGGCAGAUCUGUCACAGCUUUAAGGCCAGGAAGCCAAGAGGGUUAAAAUAAAAUAUUGAGAGAUUAUUUUGGCUGAAAGUAAUUACUUCUCUGGGAAAAAAUUAAACCCCUUUUUCGAGGCACUAGCAGAUACAUUCUGUGCUUCUGGUCAGUAUUUAAUACUGAUCUGAUUUUCACAAGACAGAGAAACAAAUCAAAAGUUAAACAUUAUCACAGACUCACAGAAUAUUUUGAGAUGGAAGAGACCACAUGGAUUAUCAAUUCCAACUCUUCAGUGAAUGGCCUACUGUGGGAUCAAACUUGUAACCUUGGCUUUAUUAGCACCAUUCUCUGGCCAACUGAGCUCAUCUCAGGAAACAUAAAUAAUUCCAGCUGCUUUGAAAACAAGGAUUCCAAAGUAGCUGUCCUCUCUUCCUGGUAUUUGCAUUCAUACUUCUCCAGUACAGAGGAAAAUGCUCUGGGAAUCAUCAGUGUUUGAUCUCUGCUAUUAAAACCAGGAAAAAUCCUUCCACUGUUUCAUUUCAGAGAGCUGCAUCCUUUUCAUUGUAAUAGACAAAUCCUGAUGGAAAUGUCAGGUGACACUCAGUAGCUCACUGUGCUGGGGUUAAGAUUGUCACUACUUUUAAGGUUUCUCUAGAACACAGUAGUCCGUAGAAACCAGACCUGAACGUUGUCAUCAGAAGAGAGGCAGCAUAACAAAUAAGGUUCUUCUGCCACACAGAUGCUGUAAGCUCAGGGGUUUUUGUUUGGUUUUUUUUUAAGGAAGCAUCUUAAAGGUGACAUCAUCCUUUUCUGAUGAGAAUUAGUCAAUGAGUGUCACUUCUGGGGAACCAGGAGGAGUUGUUAAAAUUUUGUUCAGUGAUAAAAUGACAAAAAAAACCCAAAACAAACAAACAAACAAACCACCAAACCCUCAAAGCAAGACAGUACUAAAAAUCCAUAGAGGAACUAAGAAGUUUAAAUGAAGGUUUAUUUGCUCUCAUCAGCCCAAAUUCUGUGCUUACCUGCUUCCCUCUGAUCACCAUGGUGAUGCAUCCCACUAUUGUCAAGGCAAUCAUGAAAUAGCUGAACUUGAUACGCAGGGCGGUCUCUGCUGCUCUCACUGUUUCAAGCCUCAAGAAAGAGUAAAAGAACAGACUCAUUAUCAGAGACCCAAAAUAAUUCACUUGGCUAAUUAUUUAAUUUCUCCUAGUGCGCUGUCUUGGUAGUUUUGUGUAAUGCUAACAGCAUUUGGCUCUUUGCACAAAAAAGUUCUACAAGAACAGGAAAGGCUGAUUCCUAACUACAUUGGGAGAUACUUGGUAACAGGCAUUCCUCUCAAAGCUGGAAACAAGCAAAACUUUUUAAACUUGGCUUACUCUAUUGUUAAAAUAGUGCCUUUGCAGACCACUUGACUGCAAUGCAAAGGAGGAAGGCUGCAGGAUUUAAGUGUGUACGCUCAUUAUGGAAAGAACAGGAAAAAGAGAGGAAUGGUUUAACCAAUACCAUAUUUUUCUUACUGUCAGCUCCGUCUGUGCUCACUACCACCUUCCAAUAUCUGCAAAGUCAGGAAAAACUCAUCUGUAUUGUAAUUGUUAUGUAUUUAACAUAGUAAAACAUGCAUUUUUCUCCCAAUAGCAGAAGUCUGGUAAAACCCAAAAUAUGGUGUUUUAACAGUUGAGAGUUUAUUGGGCAGAGGGAAGAAUUAGCACAGCUUUAGCAACGUCUUCUGCCCGAACUUCACAGUGGUUUCAUUUAUGAGGCAGUCUUAUUUCCCAGCAAGGUGCUUCCUCUGCUACAGGAAAGUGCUAUUGCACUUGGAAGUGCAAUAAGUGACACACAGGCUGCUGAAUGCAACACUCACAAAUUCUGAAUAGGGCUUGGUAAAAGACCAGUGGUCCCCACUCCUGCUUGAAUAAAUAGUCCUAAAGUGAUCUGCUUCCCUGAGAAACUAAGGAGGCAUGGAGGAUCAUAAGCUUUUGUAUGAGCUCUGGACAGAGGAACUCUUUACAUUUUUUUUUUUUUAAUUUUAGGGUGCUUAGCUAGCCACACCAAUAGCUAUACCACCAUUUUGGGAAAUGUGUUGCCUACUCUGCUGUUAUCUUUUAAAAACCAGAAGUCUUCCACCAGAAGAGUAGCAGUUAUUGACACCUUCCAGCUGUGUGGAAAGUAAAAACUAAAGAUCUUUUUGUUUGAGUUAACUCUGAAGGUCAUUCUACCCAAAUGACAUCUUGGUUACAGCAGGUUUUAAGUCUGUGUUAGAGAGAACAAUGGAAGAAGGACCAGUGAAGCAUUAAUGCUUUUUAGAAGUGCUUUCCACAACAACCAAAGACCUUGUAUAUUAACUCUCCUUGCAGAAUUUAGGGCAGAUAACUCCCUUCUCAAGGAGGGCUGAUACUCUGACUGAUUAUAUUUGGCACAUGACAAAAUUCUAGAAGACUGGAAAACCACCAACAUUGUGUAAUGAAAAGAAUAAAUGCAUCAAACUAGGUUACUUAUACCCCCAAACUGAUGUGGAGAAUGGAUUUAAUGGAACUGGGAAAUUAUUGCUGUACAUAAACAUGAGUGAAUAUAGAAUCUGUUACCACAUUUUGAUCCUUACAUUUGGAAGAAAAAAAAAAAAAGAUACUUCAGGAUCCAUGGUAAUUCAGCAUGGUAAAUCACACAGGACCUGAGAGCUGAGAAGUUUUGUUCUUGUUUUUGUCAGAGCAUUGAUAUGCAUACAAGAUUUCUGAUCAUAGGGAACAAACACAUCCAUCUACAAUGAAUACAAUGAAACUAACUUUAGCAUCCAGGUUAUUUGUUUCUGCUAAUAAUCUGCAGUGAAAGCCUUGAGUGCAGGCUGCAAUUAAGCUGAAAUGCACAGCAGUAGGAUUUUAAAAAGUUUGCUAGUUAAUUUUGAAAAUACCUUAGAUGUGUUAAGAAUUUACAAGAGCAAAAGGUAGAUAUCUAAACACAACUUGCAUUUUAAAUCAGUUCAGUGGCUAAGUUUAACAUUUGUUUAAUAAAUGGGUUGCUUCACCAUGUUUUACAAGAUUACUGAGUUAAAGCACAAGCCCUUACAACACAUAAUUAAUCUCAGAUUAAUUAAUUAAUCUCAGAACAGAAAAAACAAGUUUUUGUGCUUUUAUAGUUCUCAACUGUCUUCUCAGAUUUGGCUGAAUUAUUUAUCUAAAUAAAAAGAAUUCCCUAUGCACUUGCAGAAAUGGUCAGCUUUUAUCAGAAAUUGGUUUGUCCUUUCAAUAAACUACUGAAAUCAA